AGUUUGGCGAGUUUUUGGGAGAACUAUGGCGCGGGAGAAUGAAGAACCAGGAGCAGCCAAAAGUCCCGGCAUUAAAAAGCGCAAAAAGAGGAAAAGCAAGAAAGAAAGCAAGACGCGGACCGUACACGCGAAUAUUUUCUACGACCACGCCAAAGGUGGGGAGAACCCCAACCGGCCCUAUUCCAACAACAAGAUCAAGACCACCAAGUACACCAUGCUUUCCUUCAUCCCCAAGAACCUCUUCGAGCAGUUCCAUCGCUUUGCUAAUGUUUAUUUCGUGUUCAUCGCGCUGCUGAACUUUGUGCCGGUGGUGAACGCGUUCCAGCCGGAGUUAGCGCUCGCUCCCGUCGUGUUCAUUCUCUCUGUGACCGCUAUAAAGGAUCUAUGGGAGGAUUACAGGCGCCACAGGUCUGAUAAAGAAAUCAACCACAUGGACUGUCUGGUUUACAGCAGGACUGAACGCAGUUAUGUGGAGCGGUACUGGAAGGAAGUACGAGUGGGGGAUUUCAUCCGGUUACGCUGCAACGAGAUCGUACCCGCCGACGUGCUUCUGCUGAGCUCCAGCGACCCGGACCGCCUGUGUCACAUAGAGACGGCCACGCUGGACGGAGAGACCAACCUCAAACAGAGACAAGUGGUGCGCAGCUUUGUCGACCUGGACACCGAGUUCGACCCUAUGAAGUACAACAGCAUCAUCGAGUGUGAGAAGCCCAACAAUGACCUGAACCGAUUUCGUGGCUACAUAAUCCAUCGUAAUGGACGAAGAGAUGGACUGUACAAAGAUAACCUACUGCUUCGAGGAUGCACCGUUCGAAAUACAGAGGAGGCGGUGGGCAUCGUCAUCUACGCAGGGCACGAGACUAAAGCCAUGCUAAACAACAACGGGCCACGCUACAAGCGCAGCAAACUUGAGCGGCAGAUGAACGUGGACGUCUUCUGGUGUGUCAUCAUCCUGCUGGUCAUGUGUUUGUUCUCAGCUAUUGGUCACGGUCUGUGGAUGUUUCAGUACGGCGAUAAGAGGCCUGUCUUUGAUGUGCUGAGCCCGGAGGGAACAGAUUUAUCUCCUGUGGUUUCAGCUAUAUAUCUUUUCCUCACCAUGAUCAUAGUGUUUCAGGUCCUGAUCCCCAUCUCGCUGUUUGUCUCUAUUGAGAUAGUAAAGAUCUGCCAGGUGUAUUUUAUCCACCAGGACAUGGACCUGUACGAUGAAGAAACAGACUCGCAUCUGCAGUGCCGGGCUCUGAAUAUCACAGAGGAUCUGGGCCAGAUGCAGUACAUCUUCUCAGAUAAAACCGGCACGCUGACCGAGAACAAGAUGGUGUUCCGCCGCUGCACCGUGGCAGGAGUGGAGUACUCCCAUGAUGCCAAUGCGAGGAGGUUGGCUAUGAUGUAUCAGGAGGCGGAUUCGGAGGAGGAGGAAUGUGUAUCUCACGGUGGAACUUUGCCACGGAGAGAGAGUUUCUGCAGCCAGCACAGUGGCAGAGUUGUACUGCGCUCACAGAGCACCAAAUCACACCGCCGUACAGGAAGCCGGGCAGAGGCCAAACGAGCCAGCAUACUGUCCAAACACACAGCCUUCAGCAGCCCUAUGGAAAAAAACAUCACUCCAGAUCCUCAGCUACUGGAAAAAGUAAAUGAAUGUAGCAGUCAGAUGGACUACAUGCGCUUCCACAGUCAGCUCUUAAGCCAGAUACCUCCUGACCUGUGUGACGUCUUCGACUUCUUCAUCGCUCUCACCAUCUGCAACACGGUGGUCGUGUCCUCACCCAACCAACCACGGCAGAAGGUACGUCGUUUUGAGCUGAAGUCUCCAGUGAAGACCAUCGAAGACUUUAUCAAGCGCUUCACCCCAAGCCGACUUACGUCGGGUUCUAACAGCAGCAGCUCAUCCAGCCUGGCCACUAAUCGGUCCUCAACACUGCGUGCCGGUUCCAGCAUCCUGUCCUCACCAUCGGCUGAGAAUGCUCUUGUUAAGCUGGAAGAAGAGUGCCUCCAACAGGCCUUCAGCCCUGUGCCACCCGGCUAUGAGCCAGCCAAGGCUUCUCCGUGGGACGAGGGUGAGCUGCGCUACGAGGCCGAAUCUCCGGACGAGGCGGCUCUGGUGUACGCUGCUCGUGCCUACAAGUGCUCUCUCGUGGGCCGGCUAGCUGACCAGGUCACUGUUGAACUCCCACAUUUGGGAAAGCUGAGCUUUGAGCUGCUGCAUACACUGGGAUUCGACUCAACCCGCAAGCGCAUGUCUGUGGUAGUGCGCCACCCACUCACUGAGCAGAUCACUGUUUAUACCAAAGGAGCUGACUCGGUCAUCAUGGACCUCAUCCGGCCACCUGCUUCAGAUGAUUCCAAAGGCAAACGACAAACAAAGAUUCUGUAUAAAACCCAGAACUAUCUGAACCUCUAUGCUGCAGAUGGACUCAGAACUCUGUGUAUUGCCAAAAAGGUCCUCAGUAAGGAAGAGUACGCGUGUUGGCUACAGCGUCACCUAGAGGCAGAAACGGCUAUCCAAAGACGAGAAGAGCUGCUGUUUGAGUCUGCGCUGCGACUGGAAACCGACCUCCAUUUGUUAGGUGCGACUGGUAUCGAGGACAGGCUGCAGGACGGCGUACCCGAGACCAUCGCUGCUCUGAGGAAAGCAGGGCUGCAGAUUUGGGUGCUGACGGGGGAUAAACAGGAGACAGCCAUCAACAUCGCCUAUGCUUGCAAGCUGCUGGAUCCAGAGGAGGAGAUCAUCACGCUCAACGCUGACUCGCAGGAGGCCUGUGCUGUCUUACUGGAUGAAAGCCUCCACUACAUCCAGGCUAAAUUCCUCUGCACCUCAUCGGCGGACCGGACCUUCCCGCAGGAAUACACUACAAUCCAGUUCCCGUCCCCGGCCUCCUCGUCCACCUCCGGUCCUUUCCUGGUGCAUCGGCUCGGUCUGGUGAUCGAUGGGCGCACUCUGGCGUACGCGCUGGAUAAGAGUCUGGAGGACAAGUUCCUGGCCGUCGCCCGGAGCUGUAGAUCAGUGCUGUGCUGUCGCUCCACACCACUGCAGAAGAGCAUGGUGGUCAAACUGGUGCGGAACAAGCUCAAGGUCAUGACCUUGGCCAUAGGUGAUGGGGCUAAUGAUGUCAGUAUGAUCCAGGUGGCAGACGUUGGAGUGGGCAUCUCUGGGCAGGAGGGCAUGCAGGCGGUGAUGGCCAGCGAUUUUGCUCUUCCACGCUUUCAGUAUCUGCAGAAGCUGCUCCUGGUUCAUGGACACUGGUGCUACUCUCGCCUGGCUAAUAUGAUUCUCUACUUCUUCUACAAAAACGCUAUGUUUGUGGCCCUCGUCUUUUGGUAUCAGUUCUACUGUGGGUUCUCCGGCUCAGCCAUGAUUGAUCAGUGGUAUCUGAUUUUCUUCAACCUGAUGUUCUCCGCAUUCCCACAACUCAUCACUGGCACGUUGGACAAAGACGUGUCAGCAGAGACUCUGCAGGAACUACCUCAGCUCUACAUGAAUGGUCAAAACUCCGAGGAAUAUAAACCAUACAUGUUCUGGAUGAAUAUGAUUGAUGCCUUUUACCAAAGUCUUGUGUGCUUCUUCAUCCCCUACUUUGCAUAUGCUGACUCUGAUGUGGACCUGUUCAGCUGGGGCACUCCUAUCACCACGCUUGCCCUCUUCACUAUCCUGCUGCACCUGGGCAUCGAAACCAAAACUUGGACCUGGCUGAACUGGGCAUCAAUUGCAUUCAGCACAGCUCUUUUCUUUACGGUUGCCCUUUGCUACAAUGCUUCCUGCCAUACCUGUUACUCCCCUUCCAACCCUUACUGGACCAUGCAAAGACUCCUGGGAGAUCCACUUUUCUAUCUGUUGUGUAUAGUCACUCCAGUUGCUGCUCUUCUGCCCAGAUACUUUUAUCGAGCCUGUCAGGGAUCGUUAUUCCCCAGUCCAGACAAGCUGCCGUCGGGGAUGCGCAGACACCUGCUGAGCCAGAGCUCACCGAAACCAUUACCUUUCUGCAGUCUCGCUUUUAAUCACUGCAGCGCCACCGUAAUACAGAACCACCUCGCCCGCACCAAACACAAGGAUAAAGCAAGUUCAGUCCCCCGAAAAAGCAUGGAGAGCACGCCAGUUAGUUCUAAAAAUACAGAAAACCAUCUCAAACUUGCUCCAAAGCAGGAGAACACUGAGGGUUUAGACUCAAAAGAGCGACCCACGGAGAGCGGCACGCUGCCUUACACCAAAGAUUCUUCUCCAUCAAUCGAGAAGUCGCAUCCUAAAUUCAACCUGCUCGCCUCCACAGCGCCGCUGCCUCACACCGAGAGUGUUCAGCUUCUAUCGCCCGCGAGCGGGGGUGUAACUUAUAAAAAGAACCAAGAAGGUUCGAACAUUCUGUUACAGGUGGAUGGAGAACAUCUUUCAGACUCACCUGAUCGUCUACAAGAACACUCUUGA